CAGGGUCCGUUUACCCGCCAGCUCGGUACCAUGUCUGGGGCGUUGUUGGAGCCCCGCCCCUGCAGCUGUGCCUCAUCCUUUGUCCGUUCGCCUCUUGGCUCCCUUUUCAUUUCAGCCCAGUCUUAAGACGCGAGCAGACGAACGAAGUACUCCAGCGCCGGUAAAUCGACUACUGCAGUGUCACGCGGUAAUCGCACUUGUUAUUUUCCGUAGAGCUCGUGGGACACUGCCGAAUUGUGCGAAACCGCGCUCAUGGCGCCAGCGCUUUCGCACGCAAGCUUCUGCGGCGCAGCAGUCAUAAUUCUGUGCCUUUUUCUCCACAGAAGAUUGAAGAAGCCACGCGACCCUCGUCAACCAAAGCAGGUGCCUGCAACGAUACCGAUACCAUUUAUUGGACACGUCCUCGGCCUCUUGAUCUAUCGCAACCAUUAUUAUACCAAAAUCAGCCAGCAAUGGAAUCUUCGUAUUGUUUCGCUUCCCAUGUUCGGCGGCAAUGUGUACGUAACGAAGUCGCCCGAACUGAUCUAUUCAGUUCAGCGUCAACCAAAGGUACUUUCAUUUUGGUACUUUGAAGCGCAUUUUACAGCCAAACUGGGUGGACUCUCCCAAACGGCUGCAAACGGAUGCUUCCAAGGAGUCACGCCUGAAUCAACCGAUGAGUGCCCUCUCAUCGAUUGUUUGAAAGGUACGAAGGCGGCUAUGUCUCCUCAAGGCGAUCUCAACAGGAUGAUCGAAGUGGCCACAAGGGUCAUGUAUGAGGGCCUUCAAAAUCUGGCGCAAGAGAGUGGAUCCCCAACCGAUCUCGAGACUUGGAUACAGCACGAGGUCAUGAUGGCGACCACUGAUGCGGUAUACGGCGCUGGCAAUCCCUAUCGCGAUCCUAAGAUCGAAGCCGCAUUCUGGAAAUUCGCGAACGCGACCAUGUUCGUUGCUCUCCCUGGCAUCUUGCCGAGUAUCCUAGCGCCGAGGGCAGUUGCAGGUCGAGAGGCUGUUGUCCGAGCCAUGAACCAGUACUAUGCGUCUGGUGGACACCACCAUGCAUCACAGCUUACUAUGGCGAGGUAUACAGCACUCAAAGGUACCAUGAACAUCUCGGAUAUCGCGCGAUCGGAAUGCGUCCAUGGACUUGCCAUUAUUACGAACUCCGUACCAGCAGCAUUCUGGACCGUCUGGCACGUAUUUUCCGAUCGUGCCGUCCUAUCCCGAGUUCGCGAUGAAGUCGAAUCAUUCACAGCCGUCGGAGAGCCUUCAACCGAGGGAGUCCAAACCCGCAUUGUUGAUAUGAGCCGUUUGAAAGAAGCUCACUUCCUCUUCGCCGUCAUCCAAGAAACCCUCAGAUUCCGAGCUCGAGGAACCGGUCCCCGCAUGAUCCUAGAGGACGUAACUCUUUCAGGCGACGAGUGCGAGUACCACAUCGAGAAGGGUUCAGCACUCAUCCUCGCCCACGAAGGCAUGCACCACAACAAAGCUGUCUGGGGUCCGAAUGCAGACACUUUCGUUGCGGACCGUUUCCUUCCUGGAAACAAGAUCCCUGCCAACGCCUUCCGUGGCUUUGGUGGUGGAGCGAAUAUGUGCCCUGGAAAGGGGUUUGCGACUGCAGAAAUUGCCGCGCUGGUGGCCCUGCUGGUGACUAGGUUUGAUCUGAGACCUGUUGAGGGAAAAUGGGCAGAGCCGGGACAGGAUGAGAGUAACAUGGCAAGAGAGAACACCCCUCCACUUCGGAAGGUGAUGGUCGAUGUGGUUCCGAGAGUGGGGCUGGAGGAAGUGGUCUGGAAGUUUUCCACGUAAUUUGUUGCCUGUGACGUAACUGCGCGACCGCAUUCACUGCGAGAAAGGGUGGGUAACGGUGUAUCCGUCAGGCAGUUACAUAGUCUUUAUCACUCGCUGGCUUCCUUGGAAGUACUCUUUGUAGAUAAUUGCCAAAUUAGGAAGGUUUUAGAAAGACGUCAAGACCGGCCGGAAUUAAU